AUGUCUACAAAGCUCAAACAGGCAAAGUUACGGCGUGUACGGAUCGAUACGCACGUCACAUUGCCAAAACGGCAGUCAAAGUUGGAAGCGGGGAACAGCGGCAAAGAGGGCCAGAGCAGGGCCUUGGAGGGGAGAUUUGGUGCAGGUUGGCGGGGCACGAGCGUCUCUGUGAUCCGUGCCACUGCCAAAACCUGGUCCGAGCUCCCUGUGGCCCGGGAGGGAUUUGCCAAAAUCUUUUACGACACCACAGCGAGCAUCAGACGUCGUUGUCGCUGUCGUCCGCCCCCCUACCCAACCCCGUCUAGAAGAAGCGCAUUGAGUCAGGCCAACGUCCUGUCAAGCGCAAAGAUGUCGGUCGCUUCCAAGAACCUGUUCGAUCUGCUCGGCAACGACGUGGAGGAUAACACCGCUCCCGCCGCCCCUGCUAAGAUCGUCGAGAAGACCUCGACCCACACCACCAAGCGCAACUCCGAUGGCGUCGCUCCCAGCAAGGCCCCCGCUCAGGGCUCUGGCCGUCGCUCUAACUUGACCGGCAACGAGGCCGCUUUCCGCGACCGUAACGCCGGCAGCGACCGCAACCGUGGCAAGCCCACUGAGGAGGGUGCUGCUCGUGGUCCCCGCGGCGGCGCUAACGCCCGCGUCCGCGGUGGUCGCGGUGGCCGUCACCCCCGUAACACCUCGGAUGACCGCCACUCUAAGUCCAUCCCCUCCGGAUCCGAGAAGCAGGCUGCCCUUUCCUGGGGCGCCACCGAGGGCCAGGCCGAGCUGAAGGAUGAGCAGGCCGCCGAGGAGAUCGCCAAGACUGAGCAGAAGGAGGCCACCACCGAGGGUGAGGCCGCCGCUGAGGCUAUCCCCGAGGAGGAGGAGGAGAAGCACGUCUCCUACUCUGAGUACCUCGCCCAGCUCGCUGAGAAGAAGGCCGCUCUCGAGGCCGAGGCCGCCCUCAAGGUCCGCAAGGCCAACGAGGGUGUCGUUGAGGACAAGAAGUGGGCCAACGCCAAGCCCCUCAAGAAGGAUGAGACCGAGGAGUUCAUCGCUGGCUCCGCCGGCAAGAAGCAGCGCGAGCGUGAGCGCAAGGUCAAGCAGGUCCUCGAGAUCGACCAGCGUUUCGUCGAGCCCGAGCGUCCCGCUCGUGGUGGUGCUCGCGGCGGCCGUGGUGGUCCCCGUGGCGAUGCCGGCCGUGGCCGUGGCGCUCCCCGCGGUGCUGCCCGUGGUGCUGCCCGUGGCGGUGCCCCCCGCUCCGAGAACAAGGCUGCUCCCAUCAACCCCAACGAUGAGUCUGCCUUCCCCAGCCUCGGCAACUAAAUGCCUUUCAAUAUCGGCAUAACGACCAUACAUCGAAGCCAGACUAUUCAGUCACACGGCCCCCCUUUAUCUUCUCUUCGAGGCGGCAAUGUCAGAAUCAGGAUGGCGGCGGUUUGGGAUAAAAAAAGCAGCCAGCAUGGGGUCGGUGUUCGUCUGUUUGGUUGCAUUCACCUUUAGCGGAAAAGUGGUUUCAUGAACACCGGAACCGUGAAAGAGGUUUUCCUUAUCUGUCCACCACUUACCGCGGAAUCGAACAAAGUAAAACUGU